AUGGCUGAAGUCGAAGGACAUAAACAUCGAGAAACUGAUUACCAUGAGGGAGAAGCGUUGUCACAACCUGUUGCCAGGGUCGAGGCUCCACUAACAGAGAAGCCGACGCCGGCGCCUCGCAGCGGCCCGCACGGGGUGCAGGUGGUGAACACCGGCGUCGACCACACGUUCACCCUCGACGAGGACGUGCUCAAGGAACUUCUACUGCAGGAUGACAUCAAGGACAGACCUGUCGUCGUCCUCUCAGUCGCCGGCGCCUUCCGCAAGGGCAAGUCCUUCUUGCUCGACUUCUUCUUGCGUUAUUUGAAUCAUAAGUAUGGGUCUGACGGCGGCAAUGACUGGCUGGGCGGCGACGAGGAGCCGCUGCGGGGCUUCAACUGGCGCGGCGGCUCCGAGCGGGACACCACCGGCAUACUCAUGUGGUCAGAGAUCUUCAAGGCCACGCUCGAUAACGGGGAGAAGGUAGCGAUAAUCCUCCUGGACACUCAGGGUGCCUUCGACAGUGAGUCAACGGUGCGAGACUGCGCCACCAUAUUCGCGCUGUCCACCAUGGUGUCCUCCGUCCUCAUAUACAACCUCUCACAGAACAUACAGGAGGACGACCUCCAGCAUUUACAGUUAUUUACGGAGUAUGGGCGACUGGCGCUAGAAGACAGCGGGCGUACGCCCUUCCAGAGGCUGCAGUUCCUCGUCAGGGACUGGAGCUUCCCCUACGAGGCGCCCUACGGGGCCGAGGGGGGACAAACUAUACUGCAGAGACGACUCAAGGUGUCCUCCAACCAGCACCCGGAGCUCCAAUCCCUGCGCAAGCACAUAACGUCAUGUUUCUCCGAGAUAGCUUGCUUCCUCAUGCCGCACCCCGGCAUCCGCGUCGCCACCAGCCAGGACUUCGAUGGCAGAGUCAAAGACAUCGAGAUGGAGUUCAAAUGCUCCCUGCAGCAGUUGGUGCCGAUGUUGCUGGCGCCGGAGAACUUGGUGCCGAAGCUCAUCAACGGACAGAAGGUGCGCGCCAAGGACCUGCUCCAGUACUUCAAGUCAUACAUGAACAUCUACAAGGGAAACGAACUGCCAGAGCCUAAGAGCAUGCUUGUGGCCACAGCCGAAGCCAACAAUCUAACAGCGGUAGCGGAAGCGAAGGAGCUGUACACGAAGCUGAUGGAGGAGGUGUGUGGCGGGGCCAAGCCCUACCUGCAGACACAACUACUGGAGGCCGAGCACUCGCGCAUCAAGGACAAGGCGCUCCACUCCUUCCACUCCAAGCGCAAGAUGGGCGGCGACGAGUUCAGUCAGAGCUACUUCAACCAGUUAAUACAGGACUUAGACGAGCAAUUCAACCAGUUCCGAGCGCAGAACGAGUCUAAGAACAUCUUCAAGGCGGCGCGCACGCCGUCCGUGUUCUGUGCGCUGGCGCUGGUGUUCUACGUGCUCAGCGGAGUGUUCGGGCUCGUCGGCCUCUACCCACUCGCCAACCUCGCCAACCUCACCAUGGGCAUCGCCCUGCUCACACUCGUGCUCUGGGCAUACAUCCGGUACAGCGGAGAGAUGCGCGAGAUCGGUGUCACAAUCGAUGACAUCGCCAACGUGCUGUGGGAGAAUCUAAUGAAGCCGACGUACCAGGCGUGUAUCGAGAAGGGCAUGGAGCACGCGGCGGCGGCGGCGGCGGAGCGCGCGCUGGGCGGCGGCAGCGGGCCCGCCCCGCCCGCGCAGAACGGGAAGCACAAGGUGUUGUGA